GAGGAGUUAUUUAGCGCGAUGUCUGGACGUGGUGGAAAGACUGGCGGUAAGGCCCGUGCAAAGGCUAAGACUCGUUCAUCCCGAGCUGGACUGCAGUUCCCGGUGGGUCGUGUCCAUAGACUGCUCAGAAAGGGCAAUUACGCUGAACGGGUCGGGGCUGGAGCGCCUGUCUAUUUGGCAGCGGUACUUGAAUAUCUAACUGCAGAAAUUCUUGAAUUGGCUGGUAAUGCAGCUCGAGAUAAUAAGAAAAAUCGCAUUAUUCCUAGGCAUCUGCAAUUGGCUGUCCGAAAUGAUGAAGAGCUGAAUAAAUUGUUGGGAGGUGUCACUAUUGCACAAGGUGGAGUGCUUCCCAAUAUCCAGUCAGUCCUGCUUCCUAAGAAGAAAACGGACAGGGGGUCUGAGCAAAAAGGUUGGGGAGAGAGAAUUUCUUUCCAGCUUCCUUCUUAA